UGCCCCGUCCGAACCCGACCCGAAUCCCCAACCCAACGACCAAAGCGAGAGAGACGAGGAGAAGCGGCGGCGGCGGCGAGGUUGGAUGGCGACUACGGCGGGGUAUCUGGCGCGGCGGGCGGCGCAGAAGGAGCGGGUGCGGCUGCUGUACCGCUGUGCGCUCAAGGACACCCUCAACUGGGCCGUCCACCGCCACCUCUUCUACCAGGACGCGUCGGAGCUCAGGGACAAAUUCGAGGCGAACCGACACGUGGAAAAUCUGGAUGUGAUCGAUAGGCUCAUCGAUGACGCGGAAGCGCAGUACAGGAAUUUCCAGCACCCCGACCCCUACAUUGUUCCAUGGGCUCCUGGUGGCUCAAAAUUCACUAGGAACCCUCCUCCACCUCAAGGGAUUGAAAUAGUUUACAAUUACGGAAAAGAGGACUAGUGAGCAGGAGCCCUGCAUUUGGGAGCUGAACUUGACAGUGCAAAGAACUUGCUUCGUGUUUCCCAAUGAUAACAUGCAAUCGAGCCGUUGUGUGAUCAAUAAGAAUGAAAUUACUGGCCUUCAUCCUUGUAUUUUUAUUUUCAUGUAUACUCGUAUUAACAAAUCUCUUGUGAUCUUGAGCUAGUGCAUUGUCAGGUGAUAUGUGCUGUGACACAAUGACGCUAUGGUUUCUUUCUCACGCAGUUUGAGCAUAAACUUGUGGAACUUCGCUGUUU